AUGUAUAGUCCAUUCACGAUAGAGAAGAUGAGGUUUACGGAUUAUGGCGGCGCUGAGAAGACGCACUAUCAAACACGUAGCGGGAAGCCCUCAAAAGUUGAUGUGGGCGAUUUUUUGCUGGAAAGAAUUGAAGCCAAGAACAUAUUACUUGUUCCCGGUUCAAAAGUUGUCGAAUCUGCGGAAAGUUACCCGAAAAGAAUGGUACGAUCAGUAUUUUGGUUCAAUCUAGUCUUCCGCCGCCACAAUAUAUUCUACACUACCCGUAUGGCCAUGCCUUUAUUCACAAUCAGUUGGUUUUGUAGCGACUCUCGUGUUAUUCGAGACAGUGCUACUGAUUAUUUGGAGGUUUUUUACGAUUUUCAUCACACAGUCGAUGCCGGAUCGGACAGAUAUUCGAUCGAGAAUUGA